CCGGGGAGGGCGAGGGCGCGGGCCGGGAAAGCCCGGGAGCCGACCGCGGCCCUUUCUCCGGGGCUGGCCCGGCGCUGAGCCUGGGCCGCGGGAGCCCUCGGGCGCGGGCCUGCGCAGCUCGGCGGCAGGCGCUGGGGCUCCGGGCCUGCGCCCGGGUCCACUUCCGACUCUGCGGCCGCGCGGGCGGUGCCCCAGGGAGGCGGGUCCUCCGCCACCGCCCCCGUGCCUGGCCCCGGGCGGGAGGCCGGGCCCGGCGGGCGCCGACCCGGGGCUCCGGGCCGCGGCCCUCCACCUCCUGCCCGGCCGUUACCGUCACGUGCCUUCCACCCGCCGGGCGCCGGGAGGGCGGCUGAGCGGAUCGUCAGACCUCGUCUCGCGCCUCCGCCGCCCCCGGCCGCUCGUAGCGGACCCCACGCCGCCCUAACCGUGCUUGGUUCCUGCUUGCCCGCAGCAGCAGGUUUUGACUGAGGUAUCGGCCCAGGGAGCUGGGUGUCGGGUUUGCAGGAAGGAUAUUGCGCACUUCCGAAGUUACAGUAUUAUGGAAAACGGACCUCUUGCCGUUGCCCCGCGCACCUUUGGUCAGACUUAACCUUCCGCCCAGAAUGCUGUCCCUGCACUGCCUCCCCCGACCCGGUUCUGCUGAGAGGCUUUUCCCGACUCUCCUGACCCCAGAAGGGGCUUGCCGCCCCUUCCUCGAUGUUCCCCUAGCAGUGUAUGCUUAGCUGGAUUCGAGCAAUCAUCACAGCGUCCGACUGUUCGCAGGCUGUCUCCGUGGCUGCCCCAGCGCCCUGUUCGUCCUUGUGAGCAUGGUUGUCGCCUGAGGAUUAAUCAGCAGAUGGUUGCAGACAGGAGUUCACUGUUAGCCAGCUGUACUCAGUCUCUCAAUUCUUGAAUGGACCUGCUGCUUCCUUGUUGAGAUGUGUGCCUGUACUACUACCUCCUUGCACACAUAACACACACAGGUGCCUUGAGUAACCAUGAGGAAUGCACCUCAAGCUGUGCACUGAAGAUGUAUCCUAUCUUUGGCCCGCUCCUGAUCUUACAGGCACCAUGACUCCCAUGAGAACCCAGCACGCGUUGGUGGGCCAGACCUACGAGGUGCCCCUCAUCCAGCCAGACCUGCGGCGUGAGGAGGUCAUCCAGCAGGUGGCAGAUGCCUUGCAGUACCUACAGAAGGUCUCCGGAGACAUCUUUAGCAGGAUCUCCCAACGAGUGGAGCUCAGCCGGCGCCAGCUGCAGGCCAUUGGGGAGAGGGUUUCCUUGGCCCAGGCCAAGAUUGAGAAGAUCAAGGGCAGCAAGAAAGCCAUCAAGGUGUUCUCCAGUGCCAAGUACCCGGCUCCAGAGCGCCUGCAGGAGUACGGCUCCAUCUUCACAGGGGCCCAGGACCCUGGCCUGCAGAGACGCUCCCGCCACAGAAUCCAGAGCAAGCACCGCCCCCUGGAUGAGUGGGCCCUGCAGGAGAAGCUGAAGUACUUCCCCGUGUGUGUGAUCACCAAGCCGGAGCCUGAGGAUGAGGCCGAGGAGGGGCUUGGGGGUCUGCCCAGCAACAUCAGCUCUGUCAGCUCCUUGCUGCUCUUCAACACCACUGAGAACCUGUACAAAAAGUACGUCUUCCUGGACCCCCUGGCUGGUGCUGUCACAAAGACCCAUGUAAUGCUGCGGGCAGAGACGGAGGAGAAGCUGUUUGAUGCCCCUCUGUCCAUCAGCAAGAGAGAGCAGCUGGAGCAGCAGGUUCCAGAGAACUACUUCUACGUGCCUGACUUGGGCCAAGUGCCCGAGAUUGACGUGCCGUCCUACCUGCCCGACCUGCCAGGCAUUGCUGACGACCUCAUGUACAGUGCUGAUCUGGGCCCCGGCAUCGCGCCCUCUGCCCCUGGCACCAUUCCAGAGCUGCCUACCUUCCACACAGAGGUAGCUGAGCCUUUUAAGCCAGACCCAGAACACGGGGUGCUCACAGCACCCCCACCACCCCCACCGCUCCCUCCAGCCCCAGCAGUGCUGGUCAGCGCUCCCCCACCACCCCCGCCACCCCAGAUGGCAGGCUCUCCGGGCCAAGAUGCCAGGCAGGACGGCAGCAGUGGUGUGUCUCCUUCAGCUCCAGUCCAGGGUGCGCCCAAGGAAGUGGUGGACCCCUCCAGCGGCCGGGCCACCCUGCUUGAGUCCAUCCGCCAGGCCGGGGGCAUCGGCAAGGCCAAGCUCCGCAGCGUCAAGGAGCGCAAGCUGGAGAAGAAGAAGCAGAAGGAGCAGGAGCAAGGGAGAGCCAGUAGCCAUGGUGGGGACCUGAUGUCGGAUCUCUUCAACAAGCUGGUCAUGAGGCGCAAAGGAAUCUCUGGGAAAGGACCUGGGAUGGGGGCCACUGAGGGGCCAGGAGGCGCCUUUGCUCGGAUGUCGGACUCCAUCCCCCCUCUACCUCCCCCACAGCAGCCCCCCGGAGAGGAGGAGGGUGAUUGGGAAUCCUAGGGCCCGGCCGCUCCUGCCCCCAAACUCAGGCCUGGCUGUGGCCCUCGCACAGGAGCAGCCAGGAUGGGCUCCCUGGCCUGCGGCGCCCCCCAGGCCCUGCUGCCCUUGCCUGAAGGGGCGGGGAUUGCGGGGGGCUGUCCCAGGGCUGUGCCUGGGCCUUCUCCAAGGAGUGAGGAGGCCAGCUUCUGAGGUCAGACAGCUGGGCAGGUAAGAAGGAGCAGCCCGGGCUCUACCUACCCCCUCCACCAAUGUUUGGAGAUAAAAUAGUACCUGAUCAAUAAAUUAGUGUAAUGCGGACUGAGCAUAAA